GUCGCUAUAUACCAGAUGGACUUCAGACAUCCUGCAGCUUUGACUACCUCGCAUCCAAUGUCAAAAACUAUAUACACGUGGCUGGAAUGUUCAUUUUUGAAUUUCUGAUUUCCAUCGGCAUAAUUUUGUUUUGCUACAUUCGAAUCGUGCGGGUUGUCAGAAGAACCGCACGUGAAAUUGCUUACUUUCUGCGAACUUCCGUUGCCGGCAAAUGCAGAAGUAUGCAAUCAUCCGCCAAAACAUCGGCCAUCAUCAUUACCAUCUUCACGAUCUCAUGGCUACCCUACGCCACUCUGGCCUUCCUCUCUCUUAUUGGUUAUCGCCACCUCCUGACACCCAUCUCCGCCGAGAUAGCUCUGUUCUUCGCUAAGUCCAGCGCUAUCUACAAUCCAGUGGUUUACGCCCUCACGAAUGCAAAGUUUCGCGUAAGGUUGAUCAAAAGGAUGUCAUGCCUGACGCAGUGCUGUCAUUGCUGUAGAGAGCAGGUCACGAUUGCCUAA